CCUGCGCACGGACCUGCGCGGCGAGGUGCGUCUGAGCGCGCUGGGCGUGGCCGUGGGCGUGGGCAUGGACCCGGCGCUGACCGAGCAGCAGCUGCAGCACGAGCUGCUCCUCCUCAAGCAGCAGCAGGAGCUGCAGAAGCAGCUGCUCUUCGCCGAGUUCCAGAAGCAGCACGAGGUGCUGACGCGCCAGCACGAGGUCCAGCUGCAGGAGCACCUCAAGCAGCAGCAGGAGAUUCUGGCGGUGAAGCGUCAGCAGGAGCUGGAGCAGAAGCGUAAGCUGGAGCUGCAGCGGCACGAGGAGCUGGAGAAGCAGCGUCUGGAGCAGCAGCUCAUCAUGCUGCGCAACAAGGAGAAGGGCAAAGAGAGUGCCAUUGCCAGCACUGAGGUCAAGUUGAAGUUGCAGGAGUUCCUCCUGAGCAAAAAAGAUCCCACCCCUGGCGGACUAAACCAUUCCUUCACCCAGAAGUGCUGGGGCGCUCAGCACACCUCCCUGGACCAGAGUUCCCCCCCUCAGACAAACACGCCCCCCUCCUACAAAUUGCCCCCUCUCCUGGGUGCCUACGAGGGCAAGGACGAUUUCCCUCUGCGCAAGACUGCCUCUGAGCCCAAUCUGAAGGUGCGCUCGCGGUUAAAACAGAAGGUUGCCGAGCGACGCAGCAGCCCUCUACUGAAGAGAAAAGAUGGAACUGUCAUCAGCACUUUCAAGAAAAGAGCCAUUGAAAUCUCAGUGUCGUCCAUGUGCAGCAGCGCCCCUGGCUCUGGGCCCAGCUCUCCCAACAGCUCCAACAGCGCCAUCGCCGAGAACGGCUCCAGCGGCUCCGUCCCCAACAUCCACGCUGAGCAGCUGCGAUCUCUCCACCAGUCUCUGAACGCGGACGGGACGGUGAGCCCCCUGACUCUCUACACGUCGCCCUCGCUCCCCAACAUCUCGCUGGGCCUGCCUGCCAAUUCGCACAUCACGGCUUCCCAGAAGCUGCAGGAGGCGGAGCGGCUGGCCCUCCAGUCGCUGCGGCAGGGCGGCGCUCUGACGGGGAAGUUUGUGAGCACCACGUCGCUGCCGGCGUGCCUGCCCCCGCCCGGGGCCCCCCACGACGCCGAGGGGCCCCAGACCAACUCGCACUCGCACUCCUCGCUCCUGCAGCACGUGCUGCUCCUGGAACAGGCGCGGCAGCAGAGCGCGCUGCUCGCAGUGCCCAUGUAUGGCCAGUCGCCACUGGUGACGGGCGAGCGGGUGUCCAACAACAUGCGCACGGUGAACAAGCUGCCGCGGCACCGGCCCCUGAGCCGCACCCAGUCGGCGCCGCUGCCCCAGAGCCCGCAGGCCCUCCAGCAGCUGGUCAUGCAGCAGCAGCACCAGCACUUCCUGGAGAAGCAGAAGCAGUACCAGCUCAACAAGUGUGACUUCGAGAUCGAGAUCCUCUCCAAGGGGGCGGAACUUCCCCGUCAGCCGCCCACUCACCCCGAGGAGACGGAAGAGGAGCUCACGGAGACGGCCGAGAUGCUAGAGGAGGGCCGGGGGGAGGGGCUAGAGCUCGCACGCGAGCCGCGCCUCCAGAAGGACGGCUCGGGGGAAACGUCGCCGCCGUCGGAGCGCCUGCUGCCCCUGAAGGGCGAGAGCACCGAGAGCGACCUGGAGGAGGAGGACGACGAAGACGAGGCCAUCGAGCUCAAGGAGUGCGACGACGAUGGCACCCCCUACGGACAGUUUUCAGACCAACACCACAUUCAGCAGCUCAAUGUGUUCCAGGCCUCUCUCUCCAUCACUGGCAUGCCCCACAGACCCCUGGGAAGGGCCCAGUCCUCCCCGGCCACUGCCAGUCUUAAGGGAGCCCCCAUGGCAGAGAUCCCCAUCAAGCACCUCUUCACUACAGGGCUGGUGUACGACACGCUGAUGCUGAAGCAUCAGUGCAUGUGCGGCAACACCCACAUCCACCCGGAGCAUGCGGGCCGCAUCCAGAGCGUCUGGUCCCGGCUGCAGGAGACCGGGCUGCUGGGCCGCUGUGAGAGGAUCCGAGGCAGGAAGGCCACUCUAGAUGAGAUUCAGACGGUUCACUCAGAGUACCACACUCUGCUCUACGGAACCAGUCCUCUGAACAGACAGAAGCUAGACAGCAAGAAGCUCUUAGGGCCGAUGAGUCAAAAAAUGUACGCCAUGCUGCCCUGUGGAGGCAUCGGGGUGGACAGCGAUACAGUCUGGAACGAGAUGCACUCCUCUGGGGCAGUCCGCAUGGCUGUGGGCUGCGUCAUUGAGCUGGCCUUCAAGGUUGCCGCCGGAGAACUGAAGAACGGUUUCGCCGUGGUGCGUCCACCUGGGCAUCAUGCAGAGGAGUCCACAGCCAUGGGGUUCUGCUUCUUCAACUCAGUGGCCAUUACAGCCAAGCUCCUGCAGCAGAAACUUGGAGUAGGAAAGAUACUCAUUGUAGACUGGGACAUUCACCAUGGCAACGGGAGUCAGCAGGCCUUCUACAACGAUCCCAAUGUACUCUACAUCUCCCUCCAUCGCUACGACGACGGCAACUUCUUUCCCGGGAGCGGCGCUCCUGAGGAGGUGGGAGUUGGGCCAGGUGUGGGCUUCAAUGUGAACAUUGCCUGGACGGGUGGAGUGGAGCCCCCUAUGGGUGAUGUGGAGUACUUAACAGCCUUCAGGACCGUGGUGAUGCCGAUCGCCAAUGAGUUCUCUCCGGACGUGGUUCUGGUGUCGGCCGGCUUCGACGCGGUCGAGGGUCACCAGUCCCCUCUGGGCGGCUACAACGUCACGGCCAAGUGUUUCGGCCACCUCACAAAGCAACUGAUGACGCUGGCGGGGGGGCGUGUGGUUUUGGCUCUGGAGGGGGGGCAUGACCUCACAGCCAUCUGUGACGCUUCUGAGGCCUGUGUGUCAGCACUCCUGGGAGAUGAGCUGGAACCUCUGCCAGAGUCCGUCCUGCAGGAGAAGUCGUGCCCUAAAGCAGCCGCCUCUCUGGAGAGGGUCAUAGAGAUCCAGAGUAAACACUGGAGUUCCCUGCAGCGGCUGGCUCCUACGGUGGGCCAGUGUCUGCUGGACGCCCAGAGAAGAGAGAAGGACGAAGCGGACACCGUGACGGCCAUGGCCUCGCUCACGGUCGACGCCGAGCAGGCUGCUGUUGUCACGGAGAUCAGGUCAGUGGAGGAGCCUAUGGAGGAGGAGCCGGCGCUUUAGGACAACUGGAUGUGUCGCGACCUGCGGCAGUUCUUUUGUCUCCAGCGACUGGGCGGCAGUGUCCCAGAGUGACUUCUUUCCCCUCCUCACACACACCCCUCCUCCUUCCACCUCUGUCGGGACCUGCGACACAUCGCCUCACCUGUGCCUGCAUCACCUGUGUCUCACACACACACACUUGUCUCCAGGUCAGCGUACUGGCGUGUUUGUGUGUGAGUGUGUACACACGUGUGUGUUUGGGUGAGGGGUGAUUGGUGAGAGAAAACAAACAUGCACUCGCUCUCUCAUGGGGCCAGUGGGAGACUUUGUUUGAUUGGCUGGUGGAAGGGCAGGAAGAGGCGGGACAUUCUGCUUAUGCCUUUGUUUAUAUGACACUUAUUGUUCUUUUUUUGGAGCGAACUACAGCAACGACAACACACAAAAGACAAUGGCACUGGCAUAUUGUCAUUGGAACGGCUGAAGAGGCUAUGUACAUUUCCUGUGCUACUUUUUCAAAGAGGAAAACACAACAGUCGUCAGGACAUUUUCAAAAUGGAAAAAGCCAACAAGCAGCAAAAAUAUUUCAACAACCUUAUGUAUAUGCUCAAUAGCUCAUACACGUGUACACGCAUAAACAUUGACACACGCACUGUAACUUACAAACACUGAUCCCAAAUAUGUUCCCAGCUAAAUGAUAACAAAGACUUUGAAAACUUUUGGGCUCUCUGUCACAAACAUGCAUACCUCUUUCCUCUACUUGUCUAUUGGUUGGAAUACAUGUUUGUCUGUACAGUAAUUUGUUCAAAGAAGCACACAAUCGUAUAUAUGGAUACGAUGUAUGUAUAGGCUUAUAUGUGGUUCUGUAUGUGUGUCUUGUAAACACAUGCUUGAUAUAUAUUUAUAUAUAAAUACUGUACAAUAUCUCGGUCAUGUGUUUGAUAAUUGCUGUGGUUGGGCUUAUGUGGUAAGAACCAUGCAGGAAUCCCCCUUGACAACCGUUUUUCUCCUCUAAUUUUGGCCAAUUGAUUUUUGAGGCUGCUGUGCCUCCCACAUUAUCACAGUAGAUACAAGACAUUGUCAGGAGACGACAGAUUAAUUUUGGACACACACUCUGACUGGUCUUGUCACACAGAGACACUAACAGACACACACUCACGCACAAACACACACACACACACACACUUACACAAUGACACUUAACCCGUUGGCAGCCCUGUUUGAGUAGGAAGCAGUGGCUUUGCUAAGACUGUAUACCCUGACCUGUCCUGUCCCUGACCUACCAAUGGUGGGUACUCAGCGUGACAGAGACGUCUUUUUAAAAAGAACUUGGUGCCUUUUCUGAGACAUAAUAAUACUAAUGAUGAUAAUAAUAAUAAUGAUGAUGAUAAUAAUAAUAAUAAUAAUAAAAAACACCAACAAUGGAAUGGAGAAAGAAAAAUCUGCAUGUUUUACUCUCCUCUUUCACUCAGUUUUUUACCAUUUAUCUUGUUUAAGUUUUGAAGUUUUGGUUGUAAUUGCCUUAAGUUUAUUUUUUUUGUUAGCCAUUUUAGCCAUGCAGGCAAUGAGCACAGCUUGGAUUCCAUCUCUCUCUCUCUCUCUCUCUCUCUCUUCCUCCUCUUCAUCCCUCUCUCUCUUCCAUUUGUCUCUUUCUCUCUGUGUUUGUGUCCCUCUCUCUUUUUUGUCCGAGUGCAGCUCCUUUUCUAAGGGCUAUAUGGUCAUCUGGCCUGCAGCCUGAAUUUGUUUUUGUUUUUAUUUACAUGUUGAUUUGUAUGUCCAUCCUCUGCUCUUGGGCAGCCUGCAGGACACACACUAACAAACUCCUGAAUACGACCAAUCCGUAUGUGAUUUCCCUUCCUCUUGGCUGUAGAUAUUGUAUGCGUUUUCCAUUGCCUGCUCUCCUCCUCAGGAGGCAGAGUCAAUAAUGAGCUAUUUCUUUUCCAUUGGUUUUGAGAGGAAAAAAAACUGUACAUGGUCAUUUUUUUAUGGAAAUCUUUUUUUUUUUUUUGUAAAAAAAAAUAUAUAUAUAUAUAUAAAAUAAGACAAAAACAGAUAUCAGUGUUAAUCCACAGCGGUUGGAUUCAACUACUUGCUUAUCUGAAAAGAGGCGUAAUGUUUUGGGAGAGAGCAUAAGCACAGUGUAUUAUUUGUGUUUUUGUUUAUUUUUUAUUGACGUCUUUGUUUUUGUCACUGCACAGGAAUGUGGAACAGCCCUUUGUCAGGGAAAGCUCUGUUCCCUUCAGAACUGUCUAGAAAAAAAAAAACACACAAUGGUGAUUUCCUCUAGGCAAUAAGGUGUAGCACCACUUAACAAAACCAUAAAACACACAUACACUCUUAACCCAACAAUACCACAAGGUUCUUGGUGGCGUGUUCAUCACCCCAUGUAUUGAACUCUUCCUUCAGGCUUUUGCUUUGUGGUUUGUGCAAAUGUCGGCCUGGGUUGCUGUCAGGUUUGGUUCAGCUACCGAUUGAGUGGCAUCCUCUGCUUUUUUUGCAGUUGCUCGGGGACAGAGAUGAUUCCGGGCAUUUUGAGCUGUUUUGCCUUGAGAUCAUCCACCGUAGUGAUGGGUGUUGGACGCUCAGCAGUGAGAGAGACCCAAUAGAGUGGAUGUGGUGCAUUAUCUCUUUACCCUUUUUGAGGCAUUGCUGUUUUCAGAGCAGCAUUUUCUUUGUGGGUCUGUGUGUGUUUCAAUUUGUGUUGAAUUUCUAACACACAUUUCUUGACUCGUAUCCCUUGUUCUUUUUUUACUUAUUUAUUUGGAGUCAGAAAUGAUUGCAGAGGAAAUUUGCUUUUUUUUUUUCUUUGAAAAAAAAAAAAAAUACUAAAUCCAGCCAAUAAUUGUUAUGUUUUCAAGUCUAUCCAAACGUGUUCACAACCCCUUCUCCUGAUGAUAUCUUACUGUUUCUUGGAAGUCAAUCAUACUGUACAUCUUGUACACUGACUAUGGCUAAAAUCACUUUGGAUCUAAGAACAUGAUGGCGGGUCACUACCAAACCUGUUCAACAGUGUGUUACUAGAUGAUAAUAUCACCAUGCGAUUGUCUUUGUGGAAGCUCUUUGUAAAAUUCUGAAUAUCCACCUCCAGUUGGCGAUGUCACCAAACAUUAGCCAACACGCUUUUCUCCACACAUAUACAUACACACACAGUUACUUCUGUAAUGUUGGCAUUCAUCAUUGGUGGACUCUCAUUGGAAAAUGUGUGCCUCAGCAUCACAGGAUUACUGAGGUAUAAAUAGGAGGUUGGUUCUGCAACACUUUGUUUGAAACACAUCUUAAACUGUCGAUGGCCAGCGUGAGCACACACACACAUACUGUAAAAUACACACACUUCGUCCUCUCCCAUGUGUGUGAUUACUAUGUAUGGGGACAUGCUAACUGUUUCAGGAACUACUGUGACCUUGUUUUGUAAUGGUUUGAUGUUUAACACUGACCAUUUGAAGUUUGUGCUGCAGUUGUACAUCUUCGACCCAUAUUGCUUUUCAACAUUUAUCGGCUGAAUAAUUCGGUGGGAGGAGCUUAACCAGAGGACUGUUUUCAUGACCGACUGGGCUUGUUACACACACACGCACGCCCGCACGCACACACACACACACACACACACACACACACACACACACACACACACACACACACACACACACACACACACACACACACACACAUCCCAGUCUGACAGAUAUUGCAACACUUGAACAGUUUAAAAUCAUUAACAUACAGGAUGUUGGGAAAAAAACACACUCACAGACACACACACACACACACACACACACACAAUAGAAAUAGAAACUGCAGUUUCAUUCAAGUGGCCUCACAAACAGUACAGCAGAUACCUGAAGACAUCCAUAUGUGUGUGUGAAAGUGUGUGUGGGGGUGUGUGUUUCUGAAGAUUUCAGCUCAUUCACCAUUGAUGAUAGCUUUAUUGUUGCUGCCACACUAUUUUGCUAUUCAGUAAAUAUGUAUAUUUAUUGAUAUUUCAUACGUUGUGUAUAUGUAGUGACCUAUGAUCGUCAAGGUUUAAAGAGUAAUUGUAUAUUUUUUGACUUUUGAAAGAGAGGUGUCUCUUACAUUUGUGUCCUUCCACUGCAUUGGUGUUUCAAUCUCCACUUUCCGUGGUUGGAAGUUAAAUUAUGUGACUGUCUUUUAACCUUAUAUUUUUAAUGUACUUUGUCCCCCCCCCCCCCCCCUCUCUCUCUCUCUCUCUCUCUCUCUCUCUCUCUAUCUAUCUAUCUGUCUAUCUCUCUCCCCUCUGUCUACUCCUCUUUUCCCUUUUUCUCUUCUCCUCUGGUCAUAUUAAAAUGCCGAUGUUUUGAAAUGAUCAAAGCACAUUCCUUAAUUUCUUGUGUUCUCUUUCAAAUGCUUUCCUGUUGCGACAAUACAAGUGUGUAUACUACUUGUUAUACACGUGUAUAUAUAAGUGCAUAAAUGUGUACACAUGUGCAAUACACGCUAUUUGAGCAAUCUAUUACUGUGACUAUUCUUCAUUAAAAUCGCUGUCCCUUUGAA